AUGUACGGAAAAGAUGGCAAGAAUAUUAAGCUUAUUGUAGAUGCUUUAACUAAGCAAACUUCGCCGUCUCCUAAAGGCAGUCCAGCUGCAACGACUUCGCCAACCAAAGACGAAAUUAAAAAAUUCAUAUUCAAUUUCAUGUAUUUCGCUGAUCCACUGCUACAGUACACUGAAGGCCAUGUAAAAGAUUAUUCACAAGAUAAAAAUAAUCCUCUUCCCACUGAACAGUCCCUCCAAGUGAGAGGCAUCCAAAAUGCGUCUGACACUCUACUUAAAUAUCUUGGUAAAUUUAGCGAUGAUAAUAAGAAUCAACACAAGGACGCUAAAAAGCGUAUUUACAUUUUUGAUGACUUAUCCACUACACUUCUUAAACAACUCUCCGCUUCCAUCUCCGCCCUCUCCCCCUCCAACUUCCACGGCUUCCACAACCCGCUCCUCCUCGACGCCCUCAAGGCCGGCAUGGAAAAAUUCACCGAGCAACUCGGACACGCGUAUGUAAACGUUUACAGCGGUAAAAUCCCUACUGAGAAGUGGGUGAAACAAGAGAGUAAACAAGUUGAUGGCAAACCACAACUUGUUGACGUCCUUUCCACCGAGGGCCGCAACUGCGCCAAGGUCUGCCUGACCAUACUGGAGAUAUUGAAUACUAAUCUCAGAGAUCUGUAUAAUAACUGUAAAGGCAGUGGUAAAUGGUCUAAAAGUUGUAUACGUUUAUAUGAGGGUAAUAAAAAUAAGAGGUCCGAUAACCAACUGGGUCACUGGUUCCAGCGUCGUGGCUUCCGGGUAUCGGAAUAUGAGAACACACAAAACGGGGAGUUGAAGAGAGGCAUGAAGGGCGACGAAAUUCGUACGUUACUUGUCAACGGUAAUGGCAAAUAUGUUUUUAAGAACGAUAACAAUAAGGAUGAUGCCGGUCCCCUUAGGACAUUAUUCAGGUAUCUCCUCGACUAUUACAAAGUCACUCACCGUGGACACAUUGCAUCACCUAAAUCGCCGUGUAACAUCUAUCAAAUGCUCCAAUGGCUCCUCGGCUUGUACUUUAAUCCGAUGUAUCAGAAGCUGGAAGCGCACAUUGGCGAAUUGUUUACUGGCCUACAAAAGCAGUACAAGUUAGAACAUCCACGCUUAGAAGUCACUGUACCAGACGAUAUGAAGGAUAAAAUUAAAUCACCUCUCAACUCUGAGCAAUUGACCAAAGUGCUCAAACAAGUAUGUUUAUACUCCGCAGACACACUCAUCACUUUCCUCGGUCACGGCCACUCAGGUGGCCGCUACGCCGUUGACUUCUACACAAACACAGAUAAUUUGUUUUACCCUGGUAGCCCUGCUUCAUGUUUCGAUAUGCUUGCAGACAUAUUGAACAGAGUAUUUUAUCAAGUCCGUUUCGUAUAUAAGCAGUGUAACAACCGCCCUGAGAGCGGUGGUUGGAAACACUGCUGGUACGGCCGUGGUGUUGGCGGUUCAUCGUGGACGUGUAACACCAUGCAAUGUCCCAACCAAACAGGCGACCAAACGGCUACCCAAAACAGUAACCAAAUGCAUAAGCAAACAUGUAACCAAAUGUGUGAUCAACGUGCGGAAUGCGGACUAAAGUCGCCGCUCCAGUCGUUCCUGGAAGAUGGUCUCCCCGGCUUCCUUCCUCAUUCAAUUACCUCUCCUGGUUGCAAGUUGACGUGUUCCCUUCCCAAUCACUUUGGUAGACCGUGCCUAACUCCCAUGGGUUUUAGCGAUAUUAGCAAUGUAGCUUCACGCACGCAGAAAGGCGAUUAUCUCCAGCAAGUCCUUGAGUUAUUGUACGGCCCGAAGUCUAACUUCCGUCAGUUGUGUAGUGUGGUCAACUGCCUCAUCCGCCGACCGCCACAAACGCUUGAUGAUUUGUUAGCGUUCUACUAUGGUUACCUUGCCAACUGGAGCGGAGGCUCGAAAGGGCGUGAUAAUGAGGCUAGGAAACACAAGCACGACGCAUUCGUCCGUGCCGUUCGCAAUGCGAAUCUUGGCAGAGAGUAUAGUGAUUUAAUCCCUACUGCAGUCUUUGGCAGCAGUAGCCACUACGAUCAGAAAUCAACGCAUACCAACGGUGACGUGUUUAGCCUUGUUAGUUGUAACCCACACAAUGCUCCGGCCCAUCCUUGUGGCCGAUACUUGCAACCGCUACAUCAAGAUGCGCGUUCCAUGUUUUCAAGUUUCUUUGCCCGCUUUUACCUAUGCUGGAUCGUAUAUACAACAGAAAAUUUCUAUGAUUUACUGAAGAAAUUGUACGAUGACUGCUGUGCAAAAUGCAACAAACCGGGUACCAAGUGCCACGAUAAUAGCUGUGCCGAGAGAUGUGCAGUGAAAUCAGCUUAUGAAGCUGAAGUGUCCAAUCCACAACAAGCAUUGUCCACUCAAUCCGCAAAUAAGGCACAUGAUUCAAAGUGUCAUUCCAUUAUCGAAUGCAAAUAUACUCAUCCGACUCUCUACUCAUAUGGCUUCACAUUUGGAAGUCCGCAUGAAUUGAGCGGUGUCACGGAGGUGAAAAAUAGAAGAACAUGCAUAGAUUUAUGUAACGCAUUGAAAAAGGUUCUCAGCGAUAAAAAAUCAGACAAUGCACCGCUAGCAAAAUUAAUAUACGUCACCAUACCAGAUUUCCUCUGGAAAAUCAGAGAACCAUUUUCCCUAACACUGUUAGCCCUCUGGUCGCUGUCGCUCCUCUACCUGCUGCACAUCACCGUCGUCCGCCUCGACGUCCUGAGGAUACGCUCCCACCUGAGAUCACCUGCAAGCCACCGCAUCGCCGCGCAGUCGCUCCUCGCCGCCGCACGCGUCAAGGCACUCGCCAACGUAAAGUACUUCUCACCAUAA